GCCUGGGUUCACUUCCGGUGUUGUAGCCGGUUCUCUCCUCGGGCUCAGACUGUCACUUCCGGCCGACCGGGACUGAGAGAGAAACAACCACCCGGGGGCUGCCUGAGAGUCAUAUAUCUGUUGGUAUUUAUGCCGGGAAUCGGUUCUUGUACCGUGUAACCCUUUCUGCUACGCCACGAUAUCCUUUCAAAGAAUAACUAUGGUGUUCUACUUCACAAGCAAUGUUGUCUCCUCGCCAUAUACGAUUUACAUGGGAAAGGACAAGUAUGAAAAUGAAGAUCUUAUAAAAUACGGGUGGCCCGAGGAUAUAUGGUUUCACGUGGAUAAACUCUCAUCAGCUCAUGUUUACCUCCGGCUACAAAAGGGUCAGACGAUAGAAGACAUUCCAAAAGAUGUUCUGAUAGACUGCGUUCAGUUAGUAAAAGCCAACAGCAUUCAAGGGUGCAAAAUGAACAAUAUUAACAUUGUGUACACACCUUGGGCAAAUCUGAAGAAAACCGGGGACAUGGAUGUCGGCCAGAUUGGAUUUUAUCGGCAAAAAGAUGUGAAAAGUGUGAUGGUGGAGAAGAAAGUGAACGAGGUCUUGAACCGGCUGGAGAAGACCAAGGAUGAGCGUUAUCCUGACUUCGCUGCAGAGAAGGAAUCAAGAGACCGUGAGGAACGAAAUGAAAAGAAAGCACAGAUUCAGGAAGUUAAAAAGAAAGAAAAAGAAGACGUGAAGAAGAAGAAAGAACUGGAUGAACUCAGACAUUAUACGUCAUUGAUGAAGGCUGAAAACAUGUCUUCCAAUCAGGAUGGCAAUGAUUCCGAUGAUUUUAUGUAACAGACUGAGAUCUCUUGUAAUCCCUGAACUAUUUUUUUUUUUUUCUUGGAGUUUGCUUCUCAAUGCCAAACUUAGAAAAUAAAUACAUCGUUAAACCCUCCAUGCAGCUCUUGCUGCUACCUCCUCACAUCCAACUCCACGCGGAAACAAGCAUGCAGUGUAUUCAAGGAGGGCUGAAGAAGACCCUACAUGUGGCAGAUAUCUCUAUGGAGAAUCUGGAGACGUCUUUAGAAGGAAAGAACAAACCCUAUAUUGGUGGUUGCAUUCUCAGUUGCAGACUGCACGCAUGUACCCAGACUGACUUCAUACGUCCAUCCUUCCAGGAUCAUCAUACCAAUAUCUUCUUCUUGGGAACAAAGUUCAAGUUAAAAACAAACACUUUGCUUAAAACUUGGCAAAUAUGUUGCUGAAAGUAAUACCUAACCGUUGCCAGAUCUUCUCGAACAUUUUAAACUUUUUUUUAUUUUUUUGCUCCUUGAAUUUUUCAAUAUUAAAAAUGCACAUCUAUUUUUUACGUCCUGCUAAUUUCUCCCCCUGUGCAUUUCUUCGAUCCGCUCAGACUAUCAUGGAAUGAUAAAACAAGCAGGCUGGCAAAUAAAAGGAUUGCUAUAUAAA